AUGUGGGAACGCUUCAGGACAGGAACGGGAGGUGCGCCCGGGGAUUCGAACUCGAGAAGGCAGCAGCACCAGCACCAGCAAAAGCAGAGACUGCCACCUUCCUCCACCGACAUCAACACCAACAACAAGAACAACAACAUCGCCGCCACCUCAGCCUUCGCCAACUCGAACCCCAGCAACUACUCCAACUCCAACGAUUCCAACAGCUGGCAGCCACGCUCCUCGGUAAUCGCCCAGCGCCAGCGCCAGCAGCAACCACAACACCAACGUCACAAUCAGCAACAGCUACGAUCAGCCUCGGCCGACAACUAUCCAGGCAGCGGCAGCGCAGGCGGCUACGGGGGCUAUCAGUACAGCAUCAAGGGCGGGCCUCCUCCACCCAGGCCACUCAGGGACUUCGAAGUACCACCGCCUGUCCAACCUCCUGCCCGCCAACAGACCUUCCCCCCACAACAGCAACGCCAGCUGCACCCGCCCAGCGCCCACGCGCGACACGAGUCCCGCGACUCCAUCUCCGGCCGCCCGACAUCGUCCGUCUACUCCCAGCCCUCGCCACUGCACACGACCUUUGCGCCCCAGCGCGACCGUCCCAACGUCUCGCGACAAAACCCCGACGGCUUUGACGACGUCUCCCCCCCGAGCUCGCCCGAGUUGUUGUCUCCCGGAAAUGUACCCAAUCUUGACAUCUCCCCCAUAGACGAAGAAGACGACCCCUCGUACCCCCAGCCCAUGCCCAAGAUGUCUGCCGUCAGCGGCCUCCCCUCCCAGCAGCGAGCCGCCAGCCGGCAAGGCGAGACGCCGUCCCCGAAUGCUCGAUCAAAUAUCCCCAUGAUGCGCCGCGAGAAGAGGCAACAGAGAGAUGCAGCUGCAGGCCGGCUGAGGCCAUCCCCCAGCCAGGACGCGCUGCGGGACACGCCCCCGCGGGAACAGAGCCUGCGGCCCAUGGACAGCAGGGAAAGACUACGACAGCCAUCGCCGGUGCCGCAGUCCCUGAAGGCCAUGGACAGCAGGGAACGGCUGCGGCAGCCCACCAUUGACUACAGCCAGAAGCCAGGGAGCAGCAACGGCCGGCCACGCGGCGAGAAGAACCCGCGCUGGGACCCGAUGACAGGAGAGAUCGCCAUGAACAACGAGAAGUCGAGGCCGUCACAGGUCAAGCCGCUCGAGUUUGCGCGUGGCUUUGGGCUCGGCAUAUCCUCAGGAGCGUCGGCAGAACGGGGUGGAACCUCGCCCGUGCCGCCCAAGAGCGCGUCGGGCAUGGGCGACCGCAUGCGACAGAUGGGCUCGAGAAUGGGAGUGGGACAAGGCCCCAGACACCAGCCCCAGCCCGAGAGCAACACCGACCCUGGCGCCGCGGCGUUCACCUCCAACCGGCCGGGCUGGCGUGGCGCCUCCGGACGAACCGCCAUUGUCGAGCCCGUCAAGGACAACCCGGAGGUCGCCCCGCUCAAGAUCCCGCCACGGAGCGACAAGCGAAGCUCGCCACGGCCGUUUGGUGGUCCCAGUCCCAGCCCGAGCCCGAGCCCAAGUCGCGGCCUCAGCCCUGGCGGGGGUGGUGGGGUCGGCAGCAGCGAUGCUGCCAUGUCCAGCCCGCCCAUCAGUCCUGAAACCCAAGUGAGGGAGCAGGACCAGAGGCAGCAAAUGGGAGGCGGGAGCGGUGCAGGGAAGGGUCCGCUGCUGAGCCCCAGCAGUCUUGGGGGCACUAUGGCCAACACCAUCCGAAGAAUCAUCCCAUCUUCGCAGCGUCUCCCUAGUGGAGCGGGAAGUGGAAAUCAGCAGGGCUAUCCCAGCCCACCGCUGUCGAGCAGCCCCUCGCACCCUGCAUCAAUGACCCAGCAGCAAUCUGCACCUGUCAAUGCCAACGGCGGCGCUAAUUAUGCAGCCACCGACCGGAUACAUGCUGAUGCGGCCGCCGAGACCGACACACAUGCUGCGGCUGACACCUACCCAUCUCAGCCACCAACGCCAUCGUCCCCAUCACCACCGCCCACGCAACAUCAAGAACUGCACUCCUUAUCCUCGUCUGCAGAGCCCUCCCCGACUGCGUCUCAGGCACCCAUUCGAAGGAAGCAGGUUGGCAGCGGCGGGCCUCCCUCGGCGCACUUGCAUCCCGGCCACGGCGCCCACCACCAGCCCAAGGAGUCGUUUGCUUCGUCCGUCUACUCGCAACAGACCGAGGACGCCAACCAUGCGCAGCGGCAUCGUCCCAGCGACGAGAUAGCCCCCAGGCCGACGGACACCCGAAACCUUCCUGGAGCAGGCAACGCCGACUCGCCCUACGAGCAACCGCCCUCGCGUUUCAGCGUCACCACCUACGCGACCUCGGCACACACCUCGACCCCCCGCGAGUCCCUCGAGCAGUUCGACCGCAAUUACUACAACGACGCCGACGCCCCUCCGCUGCCUACUCCUCCCAAAGAUUACGCUAUGACCUCGUACCUCGACACUGAGGCCGCCAGAACCAAACAACAACCCAAGGGCGCCAGCGUCAUGGACCGCAGCCGGCCAAAGACCCGGAACGGCACCGGCAACUGGGACGACGAGAACGAAGCCCCCGUCAAGAUCAGCCUCAGCCAACCGUGGAUGUCGACGGCUGGUGCCAAUAGUGCCGGCAUCAACGCGCAAAACUCCCCACCGCGGGCCAGGAAAGAGGCUCCCAGGGGCCCGCGUGAGCAAGUCGCCAGCAAGGAUAGCCGAAACCUCCUCGCCCUCCGGAACGACUCGACCAACACCUCACGCCCCGCCUCCAUCCUGUCUGUGGACAAGGCCCUCCCCGCCGCCCCGCCCGAGCUCUCAGCCGAGACGACCAAGGACCGCGUUGCGAUGCUCAACGCGCAGCUCCAGAGCCUGGGCAACAGACGGAUCAACAUCAACAAGAGCAUCAAGCAGAUGACGGAGCUCAUGCCCCAGGACAACCUGCUGGCCACCCCGGAGGUGAUGCGUAAGCGCGAGAUGGAGAAGCGCAAGGUGGAUGACCUGCAGCAGGAGCUGGCCGACGUGCAGCGGGAGGAGCACGAGCUAGGCAUGAAACUGCACCGCGCGUACAAGAGGCUGGAUCGGCAGGCGGACUAUGAGCCCACCACGCUAUGGGUCAGGCGGGCGACGGGGUGA